GUUCUCGAACGCCCUAACAUCAAGGAGAGAUCCAUGGACACCUGGUCGGCGUUGAGCACGUUCCAAGCGCGGUCCAUCGCGACGUCGGGUAACCGCGAGUGCCUCCUGGAGAAGGAGCUGGUGAAGGAUUUCCUUCUCCAAGUCCCCAUGCCCAACGUCUUCGAAUGCCUGCAGGAGGCGAGCAACAAGGGGGCAACCAAAGAUGUGAACUUGGUGUGCCAAUGCCUCGAACGCAUCUUCCGCAGCGACGUUGGCCCCGAGAUUCUCUUCCAGGAACCCAUGCUUCCCUUCCUUGUGGCAGGCAUUUCGCACGACGAAGCCGCCGCGAAGAAACUCACGUUGGACAUGGUGGAUCUCCACUUGACCGCACAAUUCCAUGCCAGCAUGGACCACGACAUAUUACUUCAUGCCAUUUGCGACUGCAUUCUCGACGAGGACUCGGGCAUUGCCCGCCGCGCCAGCAACAUUCUCUUCAAGUUGGUGUCUGCGCCUGACACGGGCGUGUACCACAAGAUCUUGCAGCGUCUGCGCGACCUCCUCUCCGACUACCUGUCUCGUCCAUCGCGGGAGAACUCUGUGGAAUACGUGCGGCUUCUCGAGCUAGUGUCCAAGUGCUGCAGCGUGAACGACGUCGUGAUGGCCGAGAGUAUCGCGUUGGGGUUGGUGCAGCCGGUGGUCCAAGGCAUCCAGUCCUCAGACGCGCUCUUCCAGCUCAACAUCCUCGACAUCAUCCCCAACCUCUGCACCACCCGCACUGGCCUGCUUUACGUGUUUCAGUCCGGUACACUUUAUAUAAGUCUGGUCUUAUACACAACGCAUACAAUAUGGAGCAUAGAUCUACUCACGCAUCUCGUGGCGACGGCGGCCCAUCCGCUCGUGGGCGGCAAUGCGCUGCGUCUGAUUGGAUCGUUUUCUACUUUGGCGGCGACUCAUUCCGUCCAGAGCUGGAAUUGGAAGGACGCGGCGCUCGCCAAAGCGUUUUUGGGGGCCGUCGAAUCCGCCUUGCAGGGGGGGGACCCACAGAAACAGAUCGCCGCCAUGGACGCCGUCGCAGCGUUUGCCAGUGCCUCCGACAAAGAACUGGGACUGGUGCUAGCCCACCGAAGUCUGUGCGAGGCGUGGCUGGCGCUGGGCAAGUCGACGCUCUUGGAAGUGAAAUCAUCCGUGUUUAUGGCCGUCGCGACCAUUUUAGCUAGAGGAACCCGCCUCACGACCCCAACUGCCGUCUAUUUAGACGAUAAUGCGACACUGUGGACGUACCACAGCCGCCUCUUUCACGCCCUUGGAGUGUUUUCCGGACGAGCCAGUACGAUGCACCACCUCAUGGAGUGCCUGCGCCAGCCCUUUGAACCCAUUCGCGUCGGAGUGUACACGCUGUUGCAGACGGUCGCGGCACAAGGCCACCCGUGGGGACUGGAGGCGCUGCACGCGUACGGCGGGUUCAUCGAGUACCUCGUGGACCGACAGACAGAGCCGACUAAAACCACGCGCGAGUGGAAGUUCGCAAUCGUCGACGCGCUCCUGGCGUCCAAGUUCCAGCAUGUGCUGGGGGCGCGGGCCGUGGAGGAAUUGACCAAGUACUUUGACGAGGGACCGUACGCUGGGCGGGCCAAACAAGCCGAGCCCAUGAUGGAAGCAAGUUAAAAAGUAGUAGUACUAAAUACUAAGUAGUAAUACUAGUUUGAAUUCGUAGUCGGGGGGUGAUAAAUAAUAGUAGGAGUCUGUUGCAUCUCUUGUUUGUAGUCGCGCCAGUGCUUGGCACAGCUCUUGGUCUGGCGCAGCAUUUGCCUCAGGUGCUUGUUGAUGGUCUCGGACGCCGCGCGCGCGUCGCGCUCCCUCGUCGCCGCCUCCUUCCACCACAAUGUGGCUCUGGCCAGCGCCGCUUCUAGCUGGACUUGCUGGGU